AUGGUGUCUUUCCUGCGCACGUUUGUGGUGCUGUGCAUCAUCGCUGGCGUAUUACUGCAGGGCGGCACAGCGCAGGCACCCCCGCGAGCGGUACGUUCGUUGGAAACCAAGUUCAACUCUGUGACUCAGGCGUGCCGCGGGGUUCUCGAGACGGAGUGCCCGUCAGAUGGGUUGGCGCGCACAGACUGCUUGAUGGAGCACAUAGUGGACAAUGCCAACCACGAGUGCAAGAUGUGGCUCUCCUGGCGAGCUACCUGCUUUGCCUACGCCACGGUGUACCUCAUACCUCAGGGCAAGUGCAACUUUAAACCGCAUCAGGCGACGUCGGAGCUGAUCCGGAACUGCCUCCGCAACACGGAUAAGAGCGAGCUGCCGGCGGUCUGCGCCGGCUCCCCCUACUACAGGUCGCUCAUGCUGCGCGCCUCACGGCGCAUGGACAGCGACGCCGCCGCCGACCUGUAG